AUGUCGCUUCCAUCGUCAAAAGGAAAUAUGGCCGACUCAGAAACUGCUCUAGUUCCUUGGGAGAACAUCAACGAGCAGCUCUUUGGAUCUCAACUCGUGCGAUUAGAGUCUACAGCCACGCCGCAGAUCACUUCCUUGCUCUCAGCUUGCUCAUAUCCCGUCCCCCAACAAAUUAGGCAAUCACAAAGAGUGUCAGGGUACACCCAUGCACCGCUACUCGGAUAUGUACCAGAAAGCCAACUACAUUAUGACAAUCACGACUUGCAGGCCUCUCAGCCCGCGGCGAAGUCUUCCAAACGCCCCCGCGGCGACGUAAAUCCACCGGGACCGUCGCUCAACAAGCGAGGUCGACCGCGAAAAGUAGUAGAGGGCGGUGUGGAUGAGGAUCCAGAAGAGAGACGACGGAGACAAAUCCGUCUUGCGCAACGUGCUUAUCGCUCGCGAAAAGAAGCCAACAUUACUUCACUCAAAAGCCGCAUCUCUGAACUCGAGGGAGUGGUUGAGAAAAUGAGCACGGCGGUUCUUUCUUUCAGUGAUGAGCUGGUGCAGUCAGGGGUGUUGGCAGCCAAUGCUAGUCUGACAGAGCAUCUGCGCGAUACGGUACAAACAUGCCUCACUUUAGCCAGGGAGGCUAGCAAUGAUGGCGAACAGGAAACCACGAUUAUUUCGCCGCCGCAGACGGAACAAGGCUCACCAGAAUUUUUGCUUCAUGAGCAGCAAAGCCAACCAAUACCAAUCGUGGGGUUGAACGAAAGUUUACCUCCCAGCUUCGAUCCUAACUUUAACUUACAUCCGGGUCUGCCAGGAUCACAAAAGCCAGGCAGUAGAAAGAGCCCUCGUUUCUUCGAGUCGUUGGAGACAUCUGAAAUGGAUUUGCCCGUUUUCACUGACCGCCUCCACAUGUCGUGUGUUUACCAGGGGUGUUUUGCCCUUUGUGACGAAUCCAUCGAUAUAGACAGGAUACAAAAACAUUUCUGUCUGCUUCUCCAAAUAAUGGACAGGAAACGUAUUGCCUCAUAUUUUCAAGCGGCGCUAAACGAGCGAGAGAGCCGAAGACGUUUCGAGGAGUGGGGAGAGGUCCCGUUUUUCAGUCUGGGUGGUGCAGGAACCCAUUACUCUCGAUCUUCAUUGAAAUGCAAAGCUGCUAAUCGGCCAUUUCGGCCUGGAGUGCGGUGGGUUUCCGUACGAUCUUUAACACAUUUCCCGCCACAAAUACAGAAACAGCUUGAAGGGGACUGGUUCGAUAUGGGCGACUUGGAGGGCUACCUGCGCGAGCAGAAUGUACGUCUUUUGACAUAUCCUCCAAUGGAAAAUGAGCAAUAUACCUCCAAGGGGAGAGCGAUUAAUGCAGCACGUUUCAUACAAGCACUGUCCGCAAAUGCGAUCUGCCUUGGCUGGACACCGGGUUUCCGUCGCCGCGACGUGGAGAAUGCCCUGCAAAGCUGUAUAUGGAAAUGA